AUGGUUUCUCCCUGGAAGAAGCAGCCUGAGGAUGUGGUUGAUUGCGUGCUGAAGAGAGCAGAAGUGAGCAAGAUCGCUCGAAACCUCCAGAACCGGCUUGCUCUCGCCCAGUUCAAGGCAAAGCAUGGCUGGGAGGAGCUCACACUGGACUCGAUCGAACCCAAGGUUGAGGAGGAAAUCCGGCGGCGCCGUGCGAUCGAGGCCGAUAACUCUGACUCUUCAUCGAGUGUAUCCGACCUCCCAUAUCCCACCAAGGCCCUCAUGAGCUCCCCCCUCAAAGCGCCGUUAUUCUCCGAUGCCAUCGGUUCAAGCAACGGAAGCACUGGACAUCGCAAGCGGACAUACCACAUGUCUUCCUUCGAUAACUUCCAGUCGGCGAUCGCAUCCAGCCCGAGCAAGCGCUAUCGAGUCUCGCCAACAGCUCAUAGAUCGUUUGCGAACCACUCCACCUGGAAGGACAGUCAUCAGCUUGCGCAAUCCUCCCCCAUCAAGCCCCGCCGGCAACAGCACUUUACCACUUCAACUGGCCCAGACGUUUCCUUCUUUCAGAACCUCAACUCACCCCACUUUGCCUCAGCAUCUGAGGACGACGAUGACCUCUUGCCGGCUCAUUCAUUCGAUGUCAAUGCUGUGCGAUCGUCCCCGCCCCGAACACCCCCAAUGCAAACCCGCAGCAUCGGUCGAAAAAAUAAGGAGAGCAAGAACACAUCUCAAGGCGGCAAGUCUGGUGAGGAGGGAGCCGACCUGCUACUGUACCUCGCCGCCUCUCCUUCCCCUGCCGUGAAACCUCGGCGCACCGAGAUGGAGCCCCCCUCAACCCCCCCUCAACGAGCCUCAAGCAAGCUUGAUCUUCCAUCUUCAAUGAUGACAACCCCAGGAGGUGGCAACCUCUUCCCCAACACACCUAGCCAACAUUUUGACUUCUCUGACUUUGUCAAUAUCACACCCAGCCCUGCCCAGAAACCAUGGAAAACACCUGUCCCCCUCUCUGCUGCCCGCACCCCCCUAAGCAUUACCCGCAAACGACUUACAUACGAUGAACCUCUUGUUUAA